AUGGCCAUAAAAGAAAGCAUCAAGAAGAUGUUUACCGCCAUCAUAGAGUUUCAGAGGGAGGGAAGCAGCUGGUCACUGGAUAAAAUCUUGGGAGUAAACGUACACGUUGUGAAAUAUCAACCCAUCAAAGGAUCCAGUUUUCUUCCCCUCCCAGUAAAACUAGCCAAAAAGAAAGUCAUCGUUAACGUUCAAAACACAGACGACAAAUGCUUUAUGUGGUCGAUUCUAGCAGCCCUUUAUCCCACCGCAGGACAUCAUGGACACCCAAACAGAAUGAACACCUAUAAGCAGUACCAAGAAGAACUCGAUUUCACGAACAUUACGUUUCCUGUCCGCCUUACCGACAUCCCCAAAUUUGAGAAAAGGAACUGCCUGUCUGUCAACGUGUUUGGUUACGAAAAGGGAGAAGUUUAUCCUCUUCAUCUAACGAAAGAAAGAGACGUGCGUCAUGUGAAUCUCCUUGUUCUAUCUAAGGGAGACAAAUCGCACUAUUGCUGGAUUAAACAUUUUAACCGGUUGUUAGCAGGUCAAACCAGAGACAGCAAUCAGUACUAUUACUGUCAUUACUGUUUGCAUGGGUUUACGAAAGAAAGACUGUUAAACAGACAUCUUCCUUACUGUCGAAUCCAUGGGGCUCAAAAGACUGAAAUGCCCACCGAGGAAGAAAAAUGGUUGCGGUACACAGAUCUGUCCAAGCAACUGAAGGUCCCAUUUGUCGUAUAUGCUGAUUUUGAGUGCAUACUCGAGAGACAAUACGGUUGCCAAUCGAAUCCAGAAAGGUCUUCUACCAUUAAGCUGGCAAGACAUAUACCCUCUGGAUUUACGUACAAAGUCGUAGGUAUUACGGAUGAUCUCACAGAAAACCAUGUGACCUACAGAGGUCCCAAUACCGCAGAAGUCUUCGUAGAGCACAUGGUCAGAUUGGAGGAGCGUCUUCUUCAUGGUUUCCGCAAUCCAAAGAAAAUGGUCAUGACGGAUGAAGACAAAAAAACUUCCCAGGACGCCACGGUCUGUAGCAUAUGCAGUAAAGUCUUGACUGGAGAGGUCGUCCGCGAUCAUUGCCAUAUCACUGGCAAAUUCCGGGGAGCAGCCCAUAAUACCUGCAAUCUUAAUUUCAAAGUAAGGGAGAGAAUCCCUGUUUUCUUCCACAAUUUGAGAGGAUACGAUGCCCACCUCAUCAUGUCGGCAAUUGGUAAAAUGAAACACAAAAGAAUUAACUGCAUCCCUCAAAAUCACGAGAAAUAUAUAUCUUUUUCUUUGGGGAAACUCGAAUUUAUCGACUCGUUUCAGUUCCUCCCCACAUCCCUGGAGAAACUUGUUAACAAUUUAGCUACAGCAGAUUUAAACAAAUUCAAGCACCUAAGUUCUUACGUUCAUGGGACGCAUCCCGGGAACGAAAAUAAGAAAAUGCAGCUGCUCAGUCGAAAAGGUGUCUAUCCAUAUAGAUACAUGAAUUCGCUCUCCAAAUUCAGAGAAGAGUCUCUUCCACCGCAGAAUGCCUUUUACAAUGAUCUAGACGAAAAACAUCUAUCGGAAGAUGAUUAUGUUCAUGCCCAGACAGUGUGGAACACCUUGAGAAUUCAAAAUUUGGGUCAAUACCAUGACCUCUAUAUGGAAACAGACGUCCAUCUAUUGGCAGACGUUUUCGAAAAUUUUCGAAAUCUUUGCCUGGGUAUAUAUGGAUUAGAUCCCGCCCACUUCUAUACUUCUCCUGGACUUGCCUGGCAGGCUGCUUUGAAAAGGACAGAAGUAGAACUGGAACUUUUGACUGAUCCAGACAUGCACUUGUUCAUCGAAAAGGGGUUGAGAGGUGGUAUAUCCACAAUCACUAAACGUUAUGCCAAGGCCAACAACUCCUACCUGGAUGGUUACGACCCAGAAAAGCCAUCAAAUUACAUUAUCUAUCUGGAUGCCAACAACCUUUAUGGUUGGGCCAUGAGUCAAUCUCUACCCACUCAUGACUUAGAAUGGUUACCCGAAGAAGACCUGGCUGACUUUGACAUAACCUCAGUAUCUGAUGAUGAUGAUCACGGAUUUAUUCUAGAGGUGGAUUUGGAAUACCCGCAACAUCUCCAUGACCGCCACAACGACUACCCUUUAGCUCCUGAACCUUUUGAAAUCCAGCCAGAAAUGUUAUAG